AUGUCUCAAAGAAUAGGUAAUUCAGUACUGGCCCUAACAAGAGUAUGGCAUCACGUUGAUGUAGCGGCAGACGAUAGAACAUUGGGUAGAUUAGCCUCACAAAUUGCAAUUACUUUACAAGGAAAACAUAAACCAACAUUUACACCAAAUCGAGAUCAUGGAGAUUAUGUAGUUGUUACAAACUGUGCACAUUUAAAAAUAACUGGUAACAAAUUGAAAGAUAAAACUUAUUGGCAUCAUACUUCAAGACCUGGUACUUUAAACUUAAUACCUAUGGAAAGAAUGAUUACAAAUAAAGGAUAUGGAGAAGUUUUGAAAAGAGCUGUAAAAGGAAUGAUACCGAAAAAUAAACAUAGAUUAGUAAGAAUGGAUAGAUUGAAAUUAUUUGAUGGUGAUGAGCAUCCUUAUAAAGACAAUCUAAUAGCUUUUGCCGAUGAGAUUAAAGAUAUGAAGGAGAAAUUGGCAAAGUUGGAAAUUAACGAAGCCAAAAGAUCGGAACUUAGAGCCAAAUAUUUAGCUAACUGA